CCGUUGUGCUGUGGCGUUCUCGGCUCUGCUUCUUCUCUGGGCGUGGCGGUUGUUGGUUCCAUAGGCUCCAGAAACCAUUGGUCGUCGCCAUUUGAAAAGGAUCAGUAAGGGGCUAGUUCAUACUCAUUCGUGAGCUUUCCUGUGCGUGUCUGGCCUUGGUUCGGCCUAAUAGUGCUACAGUGUGAAUCCGCUCUUAGUAGUUAUGUAUAAACGAUACAUGACAUGAUGAUGGGAAAAUCGCGGUGGUCCGACAGAGUGCAGACAGCGUGCGACCUCUUCGUGAAGAAUGCCUGUGGGUCGUUUAUGAGAGGCGAUCUUUUUUUGGUCGUGCUCUUCCAGAUUGCGAGGGUCGGAGAGAGGCGUCUUUUACGUUUUUUGUCAGUCUGGCGAUACGGUGUUUUGGUAUGCCUGUGGGUCUAGGUUCAAUCAAGUUUCCAGUUGUAGGUAUAUUGGACUUUCCGACGUCUGGGAAAUUGUGGGGCUUGAGCGCAAGUGUUCCAGUUCCGCGCGCAUUUCCGAUGGCCUUUGCGCUGCAUCUUGUCGCCAUCGCUCCUUCGAAUUGCACUGAGAAGAGAGGAGGCGAAGUCACCCAAGUUGUGCUGUCCCACCGAGGAGGACGAUGAGAAGGCAGCAAGAGGAACAGAACGCUUGUGAAGGCGAGCGAGUGUUCAAAGCACUUAGUGCGGCACGUGCCAUGUGUCAGUGAGCAACGACGGGGCACGUGGCGAGUAACGAGAGGACGCUAAUCAGCGAUGACGUGUAAAUGCCGGGGGAGCAUGCGAGGCUCGCCUGUAAGGACUCUACCAGCAUGCAACCUGGUUCCAAGCAGAAUCGGCUGCGAAUAAUCGGGUACUUGACAUCUUCCUAACGUUGCGGCCGCACAUACACACACACACACACACACACACACACACACACACACACACACACACACACACACACACACACACACAGAGAGAGAGAGAGAGAGAGAGAGGUUGUGUGGAAUGAGAGGAAGGGAGUAGGUAGCGCGGGGGGGGGGAAGCGAGAGACGGUGAAUGUGGAGUAAGAGUACACGUGAUGUGUUGCGGAGUAAUGGUAGAUGGGUUGUCGUUGAGGGAAGAGAUUGAUCGUCUUGGCGGAAGGAAUGAGCGAGUGGGGUACAACGUUAGGCAGUCAGAGAAAUAGACGAUUGAAGGCCAAUGGAUGUGGUAUGUGUCGCGUGUUGUGGGACGGUUGAAUGUGGCAGAGGAAUUGUGACUCGAACCCUCUCCCUUCUUCUGAGGAUUGACACGAAUUCACUGCGCGAUAAAUGGGAGUAUUAGUAGUAAGAAGGGGAAUAAUAAUAGAUAGCAAAGGUGCCCCGCGAAAACAAUUAAACGACCAAAUGGCUUGGACCUCGCUCCGUCUGGACAAGAAAAUGGCGCGUGCAGCUUUCCGCCUUUCGGCUGAAGGUGCACUCGCCAUGCUUUACGUUUGGUGAGGAGUCCAGCGACGGGCAAUAUAAUUUCCUUCGCCAGGAAGCACAUGCAUCGAUCCUGCAGCGACCAGAUAUAGAUAUAUAUGCAUUCUCUCUUUGUUGCAUUUGCGUGCCGAAGCCGAAGUCGUCGAGGUACUACAUCUCGAGGUGUUCGGUGUGGGGGUAUUUUUGAAAGUCGGUCUUUCGGGUGGGCGGGCGUUAAUUACUAAAUCACGGCAGGCAGGAACUGGGGAGGUGCAUACACAGGGGUAUAGAGAAUGUGAGGGUGUGGCAUCCUCUGAGGUUGCCCGCGCCUGUGAGAGUAGUUUUUCAUUCCAAGGUGCUGGAUUACCCGGUUACGUAUCUGGGCGUGUGUCCCCGUCCACGCGCAUGAUGACUGACGCGCUGCUGAAAGGCCGUGAAGAGGCCAUACAUCCCGGUUGAGUUUCUCUGUGUACUGUUUUAGGCCAUCCUCUCGCUCGAUUGUCGGAAAGGUACCUAGCCGUAAUUGCGGCCAGAGAGAGAUGCAGGGAAGUUGGCGAGUUGUUUGUAGUAUGCAUGCUCUUAGCCAGUCCUUGUCGCUGGCACUGGAAUGGGAUGAUGCCUCAGCGAAAGUCUCCUCGGCGAUUGAGUGAUAAUGCGAUGUUUCGGUGAUAUAUUCUGGCGUCAAACGACUUCUCUUUCUGUUCAGCUGCGGAUUGAUGGAUCAUGAGAACAUACAAAUAAAGGUGGAGGAAUGCUUUGAGAGCUAAGCUGCCGAGACCAGUUCCGCUCAUCUUGUUCCUUUCUCAAUUGUCGACCCAUCUGUAACCUAACCACGGUCAGCGGACGGUACUCGGGGGAUAGUUGGUAGUUUCCCCAAUUGCAAUCACGGACAGAUUCAGUCGAGAGGGUGCUAGUGUGACGAUGCUGUUAGCAGUCUAUAUAUAAGCUGUGUGUGCUGUGGUAAGUCUCAAGUCUGUAAGUAUUUUCGUCUAUCAAAAAGAAAGGAGCAUUUGUUUUUUUGGACCAGAGGAGCCACCUCGUAUCUUGUUGUGUCAUGUUCUACCCAACUGAUUCCCGAGCCCCAACCAAUAAAAAAAAAUGGCACCCUGUCCUCCUGGGUCCCGACUAAUCAAAUGGCACGGUUUGA